UGUGGGUGCUGUAAUGGAACGAGUUGCAAUCUUUUAACGAAAAAAACUAUCAGAAUAAAACUGGAAUCUCGAAAAGAUUCUCCGCCGCACUACCCACUUUGUUUAACGUAAAGCCUAGAAAACUACACAUCUCCUUUUUUCUCUAAGAUCUCGCUGUCAAUUUACCCUUCGCGAUUCAGCUCCGAGCGCCGCCGUCGAAACCCUCGUCUCCACCACCACCAAUGGCGGCUAUGACCCGCCUCUUCAGAUCCUCCUCCGCCGUCUCCUCAAUCCGGAGGUCCCUUUCCUCGGCGGCCGCUACCGAAUUCAAACCCCAGCCCUCCCCUCCCCGUGUAGAUCCCAAGGGCAGGAAUGUCCAGUGGGUGUUCCUCGGUUGCCCCGGCGUCGGAAAAGGUACUUAUGCCAGCCGGCUGUCGGUCCUGCUCGGCGUCCCGCACAUCGCCACCGGCGAUCUCGUCCGCGAAGAGCUCAAUUCUUCCGGCCCUAUGUCAAAGCAGCUGGAGGAGAUUGUAAACCAGGGUAAACUGGUCUCCGAUGAGAUAAUUAUUAAUUUAUUGUCGAAGAGGCUUGAGUCGGGAGAAUCCAAGGGAGAAUCAGGAUUUAUACUUGAUGGUUUCCCUCGCACAGUGAGACAAGCGGAAAUAUUAGAUGAUGUAACCGACAUUGAUCUGGUGGUAAAUCUCAGGCUCCCUGAAAAAGUACUACUAGAGAAAUGCCUGGGAAGAAGAAUUUGCAGUCAAUGUGGGAAGAACUUCAAUGUGGCAACAAUCAAUGUGAAGGGUGAGAAUGGGAAUCCAGACAUAAAUAUGGCCCCACUUCUUCCUCCUGCCCACUGUGCUUCAAAGCUCAUUACUCGUUCUGAUGAUACUGAGAGUAUCGUGAAACAGAGGCUUGCUGUCUACAAUGAAAAGAGUCAACCCGUGGAGGACUUCUACCGUCGCCAAGGGAAACUGCUCGAGUUUGUUAUACCUGGUGGUAUCCCGGAGUCACUGCCAAAGCUGCUGGAAGCACUGAACCUUGACGAAAACGAGGAGAAACAGUCCGCGGCAGUAUAGGUUUUCUUAGCAUGUGGAGUGGCAUGGUUCAAAUUUUGCAGACAGCGGAACUUUUGAUAUUUUUACAAAAUACCUUAUUAUUCUCGACAUGGGAAAAUAACAAAACUGCGAGUGCACUGGGCAGUUAAUGCUGCUGACGGCCUCUUUUUCGAUUUCCAACUUUUUUUGAUGGGUUGGAUUUUCAUCUUUGUUGUAAGAGUAUUUAUCAGUUGAGAGUUGGGGCAAGUUUGUUAUUUUUUUUUCACAUGUUCAACUGUAAUAAUAAAAUCACUAACAGGUUAUAGUGGUAUAUUCGAUAUCCAUUUUUUUAUUAGACAAACAUAAAUUUAAAGGUUA